AUGGUUGCGCGGAGAAGCACCCUGCCCAGAAAGGAGGUCCUGGCAACGAGAGAGCGCACACACCAGAGCGAUGUCCUCGACAAGCAGCAGGAGUUCCGGGCCAGCCACGCCGGGCUGACUCUGGCCGAGCGGAUGGGCCCGUGCCCGUUCCUGUUCCGCACAAACAUGCAGGAGGCCGGCUUCUUCCCCUACAGCGCCGACAUGCUCCCCCAAGACGCUGCUCCGAUCCAGGCUUUCGCCAAGCUCGAAUGUCCCCAGUUCUGCUACUACAUUCGCAAGUUGCGGGUCACCAUGGGCAGAGGGCUGCGCGAAGGUCCCAACCCGACCGACAUUGAUCUCGGACCGCACAAAGCCAUUUCUCGUCGACAUGCAAUGCUCCAGUACAACUUUGACGAGCAGCGGUUUGAUUUGAUUGUACUCGGAAAAAACGGCAUUUCCGUCGACAAUCGGCUCGUGCUGCCCUCCAUGGGACCGUUUCCGCUAAAGCACAGAGCGGUGCUGGCUUUCGGAAGCUUUUCCGCGACGUUCCUGCUCUGCACCGUCGAUAACCCCAAGGAUGCCCCGCUGGAGGCACAGACCUACGCCCUCAACCGAGAUCCCGCCAAGGUCAUUACCAACGAGUUCUUGGCUUCGACUCGAUCAACAUCUGUCGCCGAUACGGCCUUGAGUCCUGCUCAGGGCCCACCAGCGAAGCGGCAAAGGGUUCAAAAGAAUUGA